AUGACAGAACCAGCAGAGCAGACCCAUCACCUGGAAACUUUGGGCCGCCCAUCAGGUGGGAGCAGCGGGGAGGCUUUGGAGCAUCUCCCAGCCAGACACCGUGGAGGACCAGAAAACGGCGACAGGGGGCGACAGAGAGAGCAGCAGCAGAGGCAGCGGCAGCGGGCGGAGAACAGUGUGGAUAUCGACACAGGCAAGUUAUGGCAAACGAAAGGCGGACAGAAGGAGGUGUGCCCUGUCUUCGCAGCCGGAAACGAGCUCCCCAAGUGCCAGAACGCCACUCGGCCUCACCACAAACCCGGACCCCACGCAGCCGGCGACCGAAACCACAACCCCCGCGACAAGAACGGGGAAGACGCGCCGCUGCAGGAGACUUUGAACCACGCACAAGUGGAGAGUUUGCUCAUCGACUCCGACACCGGCGUGGACGCGCGCCUCGGCAAGAAGCGGCACCGGCGCAGGACCUCCAAGAAGAAGCGUAACUGGAAGCCGUACAACAAACUUUCGUGGGAGGAGAAGAAAGCCCUGGAGGAGAGGGAGACGGUGCGGGCUUCGCGGAUGAGGGAGGAGAUGUUCGCCAAGGGGCUCCCGGUGGCGCCCUACAACACCACCCAGUUCCUGAUGGACGAGCACGACCGGGAGGAGCCCGACCUCAACACCGAGACCGGGGCCCGGCGCUCCCUGUCGGUGGCCGGCCGCGUGGAGGACACCGGCAGCGAGGAGGACCUCUUCGACAACGAGGAGGACGACGACGACGACGGCAGCGGCGGGGGAGGCAGCGACGGUAUCGGGAGGCCCGGGAACGCCGGGGGGGAGUUUCUCCAGAGAGACUUUUCCGAGACCUACGAGAUGUACCACGUCGAGAGCCUCCAGAACAUGACCAAGCAGGAGCUGGUGCGCGAGUACCUGGAGCUGGAGAAGUGCAUGUCCCGGCUGGAGGAGGAGAACAACAGGCUCCGGCGCGCCGCGGAGCCCGCCCCCGCCCCCGCCGCCGAGAGCUCCCGGCUCCGGGAGAUGGAGCUGGAGGUGGAGAGACUGAGGGCCCAGAACACGGAGCUGCUCCAGCUGGGCCGGGACCGGGGCCAGGUCCCCGCCAAGUAA